AUUGGCUGCUUACUUUUUUUUUCAUAUCUGAACAGUGUGUGGGUUUCAACAGACCAUGAUGAAAUCGAAAAUGUAGCCAAACAAUUUGGUGCACAAGUUCAUCGAAGGAGUUCUGAAGUUUCAAAAGACAGCUCUACCUCACUAGAUGCCAUCAUAGAAUUUCUUAAUUAUCACAAUGAGGUCGACAUUGUAGGAAAUAUUCAAGCUACAUCUCCUUGUUUACAUCCUACUGACCUUCAAAAAGUUGCAGAAAUGAUUCGAGAAGAAGGAUAUGAUUCUGUUUUCUCUGUUGUGAGACGCCAUCAGUUUCGGUGGAGUGAAAUUCAGAAAGGAGUUCGUGAAGUGACUGAGCCUCUGAAUUUGAAUCCAGCUAAACGGCCUCGCCGACAAGACUGGGAUGGAGAAUUAUAUGAAAAUGGCUCGUUUUAUUUUGCUAAAAGGCAUUUGAUAGAGAUGGGUUACUUGCAGGGUGGAAAAAUGGCAUACUAUGAAAUGCGAGCUGAGCAUAGUGUGGAUAUAGAUGUGGAUAUUGACUGGCCUAUUGCAGAACAAAGAGUAUUAAGAUAUGGCUAUUUUGGCAAAGAGAAGCUUAAGGAGAUAAAACUUUUGAUUUGCAAUAUUGAUGGAUGUCUCACCAAUGGCCACAUUUAUGUAUCAGGAGACCAAAAAGAAAUAAUAUCUUAUGAUGUAAAAGAUGCUAUUGGGAUAAGCUUAUUAAAGAAAAGUGGUAUUGAGGUGAGGCUGAUCUCAGAAAGGGCCUGUUCAAAGCAGACACUUUCUUCUUUAAAACUGGAUUGCAAAAUGGAAAUCAAUGUAUCAGAGAAGCUAGCAGUUGUAGAUGAAUGGAGAAAAGAGAUGGGCCUUUGCUGGAAAGAAGUGGCAUAUCUUGGAAAUGAAGUGUCUGAUGAAGAGUGCUUGAAGAGAGUAGGCCUGAGUGGCGCUCCUGCUGAUGCCUGCUCCACUGCCCAGAAGGCUGUUGGAUAUAUUUGCAAAUGUAACGGUGGCCGCGGUGCCCUCCGAGAGUUUGCAGAGCACAUUUUCCUACUAAUGGAAAAGGUUAAUAAUUCAUGCCAAAAAUAAAAAUUAGUGUAAUGUUGAAAAAGAAAAGGUAUAGCCUUCUUCAGCCAGUUUGCUUUUAUUUUUGAUUAAGUAAAAUUCCAUGUUGUAAUGUUACAGAAUGUGACUUGGUUUGUGAUAUAUCAUAUCUUUUAAAAGCAAAUCUUCUCAGAUUCUCAUUCCAGAACCUAUGAAAUAAUUGUGCUCUACUUUUCUCUUUAUGCAAGAUAGUGAUUUAGAGAUUGAUUAUAAUCUGUGAGGGGGUUUUUAGUAAAUGCAAGUAAGAACAUCAUCAGAAUUGACUUUGUAUUGUAUCCUGUAAAACUGUGUGUAUGUGUGCUUUCAAUUAUGCUGGGGUUUUAUUUAUUUGGGGAUGGUGGGUCUAAUAAGACAUGCCCUUCAAUGAAUAAAAUUACAUUUCAUAAACUUGAUAAAAA